AUGAACCCCAGAAAGCCUAUUUUGGCAACUGCGGCUUCCAAUUCUGCUCAUAUACCCACAGCUAUUAUAAAUACGACGACAGCAGCUCUGGCGGAUACCGCUGAUGUUGCAGCAACAACCGCCAUAGUGACAGCUGCAGAACCAAAUGGCAUGAGCGCAACCAUAAACCCAGCUCCAAUGGUAGCUGUAACCAAAGCCGCACACGUUAGGGCAUAUCGGAUGGACAUGCCCAAUGGAGGACCUGAUUGCCCAAGAUUUGAGGCUAGCGGCCGUGGCCAAGGUAUCUCGGAAAAACGGUUAAUUCAUCGACGCGUAAACCAGAUAAAACGACACUGCAAGAAAGCGCGCGGCAGGCCAUUCUGCGCCAUCUGCGGCGACACUUGCCAGUCAGGAUGGUGGCCUACUGAACUCCAAAGAAAGGCUCGACAAGUAUUUAAUUAUGUAUAUGUAUAUAUAAGCUUUUGA